AUGAAACCGCGCGAACGUUAUUCAUGGAUAUCGCUUCCUGAGAGCGAUACCUUAGGCGGCAUCACGCAGCAUGAACACGCCGAACAGGGCGACGGCGUCGACCGCACUCGCAGGCCUGAAUCCCGAGCUCAAGAGCAACGCGAACACGCCGAUUCGUCUCCUCAUGCUGCUCAGGAAAACGAGACGCUUCUCUCCAGCCGAGCAUCUACCGCACUCAGUGGAGCAAUCGAUGACCACUCGCUGGAUGAGCCGCAAAUAAGGAACUUCGAUGAUACCCAUGAGCGUGAGUGCAACACCGAGUACCCCAAGUUACUGUGUCCGACAUCUUCUGACGAGCUUAAAGCAAAGUUUCAAGAUCAAAGCCUGCGGACAUCCACAGAUUGGGUGCCAUACACGCUGCGGCGCCCAUACCUGAUCACUCUUAGCCUAGCAUCACUCAUACUCUCGACCGUAUUAGCAGCCCUUAGCUGGCACUCUUAUAAAAACCAUGGACUCGGAGAUGAGGAUGGGUCUACUGGACUACUCAUUGGAUGGAGAUAUACGCCCACUAUCGUCGCCAUUUUCUUCACGCAGGCUGUUGUCCAGGUUGCAGAGGAUGUAAAGAGGACUGAAGCAUACGCACGCAUGGCCGGCCCCGAAUCUAUCGAAGCCAAGUUCACCCUAUUCUAUCUGCCCAAGGUCUGGUGGAAAAGCAUCUUUGUAGGUUUCUCUCGAAAGCGGAGCGGCGGCCACCGGAGAUGGAAUCUGGCCUUGUCUUCGCUCGCAGCUGGUAUCAGUGUGCUCAGCAUUUCAACCUUCUCGUCGUCCGUAUUUGUUGCGAAAGAAAUCUUGUAUCAGGAGGAUGUGCAGCUUCAACGGUAUGCCGCUGGCCAGACAAUUGGCGAAGACUUGUCACCCGUUCAGCUUUCACCUCGAAGGGAUACAUAUCUCCGAACUAUAAGUGGAUAUCUCUUCAACGUAUCUACAUCUAUCUGGUCGUCGAAUUCGCAAGUCAUUGUACCUUUUGGAGCAUCAAACGGCGACAAGCGCCAUGCAACGCUUCCGAACGGUAUAUGGCAAGCAGAUACUGAGGUGUUCCAUCUAAACUACAGUUGCACAUCGAUGGCUCUGGUCGAGAAGGACAUAAUCGAUAUUACCUACAAGUAUACAGACAUCCCAAUAACGUCAUGUCCAAACGACACAUGUACUGUCUCCUCAAAGGGUUUCAAAGUUCGAUCAGAGGAUGGUUGUGAGGUCCAAAUCCAAGGUCCAAUCGCUCAAUGGGAUGCUUUGGGAGCCGAGUUGAACUCCGAUGGCUUCAUUAGCGAUACCUUUACAGAUGAUGGUGGCUUGCUCUGGACCAACAUGUCUUCCAACUACGUGUCGUGGGAGACACUUAUUCGAGAUUACGGUCAGCCUCCAGCAAUUCGCUCCAUUGGAGAGAAGGUCCUCGAGCAAUGGUCUCGCACGUUCAUUUAUGGUUUCUCCGAUCAAUGCAUUGGGCGUGACCUGCUACUUGUAUCGCCUCAAUGGAUUGUCCGGCCGUCACCUGUCGAUGUGCCCAUGGGUGUAUGGGAGAAAGACUCAUGGGACAACCUCACGAUACGGGCACAAGUAUGCACUCCGGAUUAUCAUACAGCUAGCCUCCCAGUCUCUGCAUCCAUCGACGGCGCUGAAACUUCCAUGUCCUUCGAUGUAUCAGAGUUUGAGCGACGCAGGCAGCCUGUGUCGAAACAAGCCAUCGAUUUCGACUUAUUGGAUGAUCUCACUUUUCGAAGUGACAGUUGGGACAAGGAGACGGAUUCUGGUCGUCACUGA